GGUUCGCUCGCGCGCAGCUCCGCCGCCCGCGUGACGUCGCUCCUCCGAGUGGACGGAGAGAGCUCGCGCUGUGCUGUCGCGACGGCGCGUGUCGGCUGCCGCGCUCUGACUCCACUGCGCGUUCCUGCCGGCAGCAGGAGUAGCGGGAAAAACGGGGAAGGAGCAGUGGAAUGUGACUGAGAGGCACCUGGCGUGCACGGCAGCCCGGGUUCGGACCGCUCCUCUUCAGCACGCAACACUCACGUUCAAUUCUCCUUUUUUUUCCUCGUUCGUUACGUUGCCGUCCCAGGUCCCCCCUCACCUUGUCCGUUCGUGCGCUCGAGGCACGACGUGGGAAGACGGGAUAAACGCACACAGACAUACACACACGCGCGCGCGCGCAAACCCGGUGAGUGUGUGACUGCUGUGCAGUCGUGAAGCGGACUGACCUCUUGUCACUGAAGCAGAGCGAGGAGAGGAAACACAAGUGAAGAAGACAGUAUUGCGCUCUUCGUGUGUCGUAUUUCCACCAGAGACACCACACCGCCGUCGGUUUUCUCGAAUGAGAGCACUUUAGGCUAGCAUCAUGAGCACGAGCGUUCCCUACCAGCAGAGCUCCCACGGAGGAGGCCGCAGCAUGGCUCCCAUCCUCUGCUUCCGCUGCCGGGAGCCGUGCAAGGGGGAAGUGGUGCGGGUCCAGAGUGUCCACUUCCACAUCAAGUGCUUCACUUGCCAAGUGUGCAGCUGUGACCUGGCCCGCUCAGGGUUCUUCCAAAAGAACGGCGAGUACAUCUGCACAGCCGACUACCAGCGCCUGUAUGGCACCAAGUGCGACAGCUGCGGGGACUUCAUCACGGGUGAGGUGGUCUCGGCACUGGGGCGCACCUACCACCCCAGAUGCUUCGUCUGCAGCGUCUGCAGGAAACCUUUCCCAAUCGGAGACAGGGUGACAUUCAGCGGGAAAGAAUGCGUUUGUCAGCAGUGUUCCCACACGCUGGCCACUGCCAAGGAACCAAUCAAGAUCCACGGUCCCAGCCACUGUGCGGGCUGCAAGGAGGAGAUCAAGCAAGGUCAGUCACUUCUGGCUCUAGAGAAGCAAUGGCACGUCAGCUGUUUCAAGUGCCAGACCUGCGGCAUCAUCCUCACGGGGGAGUAUAUCAGCAAGGAUGGCAUUCCAUAUUGCGAGUCAGAUUACCACGCCCAGUUUGGGAUUAAGUGUGAGACGUGCAACAGAUACAUCAGCGGAAGGGUGCUGGAGGCUGGGGGGAAGCACUACCACCCAACAUGUGCCCGCUGUGCACGAUGUCACAUGAUGUUCACAGAGGGAGAGGAGAUGUACCUCACAGGUUCAGAGGUUUGGCACCCGCUGUGUAAACAGGCGGCACGAGCAGAAAGGAAACUAAAGCACAGACGCCCAUCAGAGACCUCCAUCUCACCUCCAGGCUCCAGCAUCGGUUCCCCCAGCAGAGUCAUCUGUGCCAAAGUGGAAAAUGAGAUCCUUAAUUACAAAGACCUGGCUGCACUGCCUAAGAUUAAAGCUAUUUAUGACAUGCAACGGCCCGAUCUCAUUUCCUAUGAGUCCUAUCAAAGAUACACCUCCGAUGACAGGCUAGAGCGCUACAGCUAUGGGGAGUCUCUGGGGACUUUGUCACCAUACUCACAGGAGAUCUAUGAUACCAUGGACCUCAGGCAGCGCCGUUCAUCUAGCCCCGGCUACAUCGACUCCCCCACCUACAGCCGCCAGGGCAUGUCCCCCACUAUGCCCCGCUCCCCGCAGUACUACUACCGCUCCGGCACUGAGAGUGGCCGGAGCUCUCCCUUUUAUGGUCAGCUCGAUGCAAGGUCCAGCACUCCUACCACGUACCAACCACCCAAGCAUUUCCAUGUGCCAGACAAUGACCUUCACUCAGCCACAAAGAGCAGGACGAGCGAUGACAUCGUGCAGUCCUCCAGGUUCCCCUCCGCCUACUCACCGGAGCAGUACCAGCACUCAGAGGCUGACUACUACCACUAUACUGGUUCCCCGAAAGCCUCCCGUGUUCCACGACGAAGGUUCUCAUCAGGUGGUGAGGAGGACGGCUGGAGUCACAACCUGCACAGAAUCCAGAGUGGGAUUGGUCGGAUGAUCCUGAAGGAGGAGAUGAAGGCCAGAUCCGGUUCCUAUGACAACGACCCCUGGGCCAGCACACGUAAUUCCCGCAGUGGCAGCAAGGAGACGUUGCAUAGCAUGGGCUACAACAACACCGUCAAUGGCUCUCCCAGGUCACACUACAGCGCGGACAGUGACUCCUAUAUCUCCAAGUCAGCCUCUCUGCCUGGCUAUGGGAGGAAUGGACUGCACAGGCCACAAAGUGCUGAUUACUUCCAGUAUGACAGCGGUAAUGCAGUAAACUGGGGCAUUAGAGAAUACAAGAUCUACCCCUAUGAAACUCUGAUAGUGACCACCAGAGGGAGGAAUAGGCUGCCAAAGGAUGUGGACAGGGCCAGGUUAGAGCGUCACUUGUCACCCGAGGAGUUUUACCAGGUGUUCGCCAUGACAAUGACGGACUUUGAUCGGCUGGCGCUGUGGAAAAGGAAUGAGCUCAAGAAGCAAGCCAGACUGUUUUAACAGCAUGGUACGGAAACCCGGAUCUGCCCCCCUUCACCAAGAAACGGACCCGAGUCAGCUUUGCCUCACACUCCAGUCCCAAGAGCGGGAUGGGUUUCUGAAAGAGACACAACACUGUAAACAAGAGCUGCAGACAUGAUUCAGACACAUCAUUUGAGCAGUUAUGUUGCAGUCAUUUCCAAUUUUGUUUAUUUUGUUUUGCUUUUUUACUCUCUGUUUGUUACUCCACAUAACAAUUGCGGCUCUCGACUACACGUCCCUACAUCACCACGGUUGCAUUGACACGCUCUUGAUUGAGAGAGUGGUUGGCCUUUGCCUUAUUUUCAGGUUUUACGUGUGCACCAGCAAACUGAAUAACUCUGAAUGUUAAUAUCAUAUCUGCCACUUUUUUUGGAAUGUUGAGUGAGAAUGCAUCACCUUCUUUAAUCCUGCUUUAAAGUACAUGUGUGGGGAAAAAAAAUGUCUGAGUAUAUUUUCACUUUAGUUCACUGUAACAUAGAAGACUUGUUUCUCAAAAUGAUUACAUAACUAUGUUUUUCAGGGAAAGGACAAAGCAGAAAAAUAAAACUAAAGGUCUGGGUACAGACAAUGAGUUUUCACAGACAAUGAGAGGUUCACCCUGUUCCCUAAGUAUUUCUGAUGAUGUGCGGAUUGUUUGGGAUAUGAAUUUAUUAAAAGCCAAAGUGAAGUAAAGGAAAAAUACAAAAAACUUUGUGAUCUCUUAGGUUUAGAGCCCAGUUUAACAGGUGUUUGAGAAAAUCUUUUUCUUGGUAGAUUCCAAACAUACAAUGCCGAAUUAAAGCUAUAACUCCGAUGAAUGUAUUUCCAGUUAAGAGAUAAAGGAACUGUUAAAAAGGGCAACUGUAUAAGUUAAAGCUUGAUACUUACUAGCACAUAUUUUUUCCUAAUCCUUUUUUGUUUUUCAAUUUAAACACAU